AUGUUCAGCAAACCGUUGGGCAGCCUGAAGACCACCGCGCCCGUCCGGAGCUCAGAUCGUCGCAAGUUGAAGCAGACAGUGGUGCAAACGUUCGGGCUUCAAGCGGAGGAGGGCGAUCUCCUCGUACCAGAAGGUCUGAAGUCCGUGAAGUUCACUACGCAUCGCAAGGAGCGUGGAGUCGCAUACCUCGCAAGUGAUGGAGAUCCAUUAUGGUUCACGAUCGGGAAAGACGAAGAUUUGAUACCAACCGUCUACACUCUCUGGAAACAUCCUGGACUACUUCCGUUCUUGACCACCACGCCAGCCGUUAUUCCGAUUCUCAUCGUUGGCGCAGACCUUAGGAUCGCAGGAGUCGUCCGACACGCCCCUACUCUCGCUUCUAAGCAAUUGGUUUGUGUGAACGAACAUCACGAUGGCAAGCUUGGAUACCCGCUGGCCGUUGGGCACAUGGAAGUUGACAGCGACAAACUACGGUCUGAAAAUGAUAAAGGCACAGCGGUGCGCAUCCUGCAUACUUGGCAGGACGAGCUGUGGGCUCUCGGUUCUAAAAGAGGACCGCCUGGACCAAUGGAUCGAACCACAUCUGCUCACGAGAGCGAUUAUGAAGAACAGGAUAGAUCCUCGCACUCGGGAGAUGAGUCAAGUGAUGCAGAAGACAGUGCCUCAGAUUCCGAGUCGGGGUUGGACGAGGAAACGGAAGUAACACCUCUGACUCCUGAAGAGGUCUCUACCAUCCUUCGGUGUGCUCUAUUGCAAGCCAUCCAAACGACUUUGUCCCAAGUGCCCUCGUCGACCUUCCCCAUUCCGGCCACCACGUUCUACACAACUUACAUCCUUCCCCAUCGCCCAAGCAACAUUUUGAGCCCAACGCCGAUCGAUAUCAAACACUCUGCGUUCAAAUCGCUCUCCACCUUUUUGAAAGCGUGCGAGAAGGACGGCCUAUUGUCUCUCAAGCCGGUGAAGGGCGACGUCGUGGUCACUGGCGCGAAAGCGAAUCAUCCGGAAGUUCUUGCUCAUCUCGCGUACCACACUAUAGAAAUGGAGGAAAAUGAGGAGAGGCGCGUGGCUCGCGAGAGAGAGGCAGAAGCGAAGAAACCCAAGGAGAUGGUCGUUACGGAGAUCUGGCAGCCGAACGAGGCGACUGCGCGUCUGUUCGAAGAGCUCGGGAGGGAGCCGUCCGCCCUGUACUCGUCCACGGAGAUCGAAGCGCUCGUGAACGAUUACGUCGCGACCAGGAACUUGGUGGACCCCCACGAUCAACAGUCCGUCAACGUGUCCGCAAACGAAACUCUUGCUGGCGUGCUCUCGUCCAAGAACGGGCCACCCCCAGACUCCAUGCAACGUGCGGAUAUCUGCAAAUUGCUGGCGCAGAAGAUGCAGCCGUGGCACACGAUUCAGCCGGAAGGCAAGGCUACCGUGACCAAGGAGGGACAACUGAGACCGAUCUCCGUGACAAUCCCCGCGCAAGUGAAGGGCCGCCCAGGCGGCAGAUCGCGCACGCUUAUCACCGGAUUCGAGCCGUUCCUGCUCGACGCUAACGAGCUCGCCGAGGCAUUGCGUAAGUCCUGUGCGUCGUCGGCCACAGUGAAACCACGUGGUGGCAAAGAUGAAGCGUCGCAUGUGCUAGUGCGGGGCAAGCAUAUCAAACCGGUGGUGGACCUGCUCCAGGCGAGGGGUGUGCCAGCGCUGUGGAUCAAGCACCCGGCCAUUCCGCCUAAGAAAGGAAAGCAAGGGAGGACAGAUCAGGGGUAGAGAGCGAAAAGCUCAGCGUGUACGAUAGGGACUGCUUCGAGGCGAAUGGAAGUGCGAGAUGAUAUCCAGCCGCUCAUAUUCGGGAGUGUGAUUCAUGAAUGGCCUUGCAAGCGCCCACACCUGUUGGCUCGCACGACGCACAAGCUUGAAGUACGGCCGGCCCGUGCCAGUGCACCCGCAACCUUCCGGAGUGGGUCAAGUGAGACCACGGAAUGAGGGAGAUCGCCGAGAACGCCGACAGAUUGCACCGACGAAUCCGCGUUGACACCUAUCUCCACGAAUCAGGACUCUCGUAUAAGAAUUCAGAUAGUAGCAUUCCACCCUGCUCUUUGGUGCGAAAUCCGUGCGUACAGUCUUCCUCUUCCUCGCAGAGCAAAAAAAAAACGAAAAGAUUCUCGUACGAAUCGUCGAACGACCCUCUUCACGGGUGCCGUCACUACCGCCGGCAGAGCACACCGACUUCCACCCCCCGUGUGACCGCGAGCUCGGCCCAGUCAGUCGAGCGUGAUGGGCACCGCCAUCCCCAUCGCCGGGCAUGGACCCGCGGGCCAGUUCAGAGCGCCUGGCGGCUACUUCGCGUCCACCGGUACGAGCACGACCACCAGGGCUGUUGCUGCUGCUGCUGCUGCUAAAGCGACGAGGAUCCCGGCAGUCCACCGCGAACGCGGGUUCGGCAGCACGGGAGAAAG